UCUCGCUCUGUAUUAUUGCUCAGAAACCAGCCACCAUGGGGAGUUAAGGGGGUAGUCGACGGGUCAUUUUCGUUAAUAUUUAAUAUCAGAAAGCUUUCCAUAUGCUGCGUUUUGGAUCACACAGUUCGCGCCAGUAUCCCCAAUGCAGCGGAUUAAGGGGAUCGGGCUUUCAGAGACGGGUGAAUUGUUUGCCAGCAAAGUCAUUGCUACAGAGGAAGAUCUGACCUCUGCCUUGUGCAAUCAGAGACAUGAGUGUUGUCAGAGAAUUACAUGGGAUUGGGUACAGGGGCGGUGGUGGGGUUGUGGCCUCUCUGAGCGUCCCUACCCACUUUACAGAGGAUGCUCCGCGACCCCCAGUUCCUGGUGAGGAGGGAUCUGAUGUGGACCCCCCAGUCCAGUCAGUCAGCACCCGUCCAAACACCCUUUCCCAAACUCUCGGCUAUCCCCCGUCAUCCUUAUCUAAAAUGGCGGAUCCAUCAAGCUACACACCCUCCUCGUCGUCUGCGACCCCGCGUCGCCCGGAUCUGGACUUGGGGUAUGAACCUGAGGGCUCAGCUUCACCAACUCCUCCUUACCUGAAGUGGGCAGAGUCACUUCACUCUCUCCUAGACGACCAGGAAGGCAUCCAGCUGUUCCGAAACUUCCUGUACCAGGAAGGGUGUGCGGACCUUCUCGACUUCUGGUUUGCUUGCUCUGGGUUCAGGAAGACGAGCCAGGAGAAGAGGGCAAAGCUUGCCAAGGCAAUCUACAGGAAGUACAUUGUAGACGGAAGUGGUAUUGUCUCCAGGCAGAUCAAAGCAGCCACUAAGAGCUUCAUCAGAGACUGUGUGGGAAAGCCACAUCCAGACCCUGCCAUGUUUGAACAGGCCCAGACAGAGAUCCAGGGCAUGAUGGAGGAGAACACCUACCCUUUGUUUCUGAAGUCGGAUCUGUACCUGGAGUACACACGGACAGGAGGGGAGAGCCCGAAGCCUAACCCCAGUGAUCAGAGCCCUUCAUCGGGGCCAGCCAAGCCUGUGCCUGGGUACUUACCCACACUUGCUGAGGAUGAGGAGUGGAGGUGUGGAGGAGGAACGAGGGAGGAUGAGGACGAGAAGGAUGAGGACGAGUGUGAAGACACGCCAGCUGGUAGGCUGACUCAAAGCCUGCUGAUGCAGACUGCACCGCAGAGAGCCUCGACCAACAGGAGGAGGCCGGACAGCAGGGAGUGCAGGCCAUGGAGGGAGCCGGUAAACCCAUACUACGCUAACAUGGGCUACGCUCGCGCUCCAGCGACCAGUGCCAACGACAGUGAGCAACAGAGCAUGUCGAGCGACGCAGACACACUGUCACUGACCGACAGCAGUGUAGAUGGUAUUCCUCCGUACAGAUAUCGGAAGCAGCAUCGCAAAGAGAUGCAUGAAAGUGCCAAAGCCAAUGGACGUGUGCCCCUACCUCAUAUACCUCGCACGUACCGCAUGCCAAAGGACAUCCACGUAGAGCCUGAGAGGUUUGCAGCAGAGCUCAUCAGCAGGCUGGAGACGGUUCUCCGAGAGAGAGAGGCUCAGGAAAGACUGGAAGAGAGGCUAAAGAGAGUACGACUGGAAGAAGAGGGUGAUGACGCUGACAUCUCCGUGACGACCUCCAUGUCCUCUCAUAACGUACCACUCCCCCUCCCCUCGUCGUCGUUUCCACCGCUCUACGGCGCCCGUUAUUCAGAGACCACUGCGAACACGGCAACAGUCGCCACGUACGGCGGCCUGGUUGCCAUGGAGGAUUCCCUUGACGACGACCCGGAAUCUAUUUUGGAUGAGCACGUGCAGCGCGUGAUGAAAACGCCGGGCUGCCAGUCGCCAGGGGCAACAAACAGCACAUUAGGAGGAGGGGGUCGACAUUCGCCUCCCAAAUCAUCACGUUCACCUGACGGGGGGAUCGGCCCGCCUCACUGCCCCCCACAUCGAGGGGGAGGUCACGGUCAGCCUCCCGCGGUGGUCAAAGGUAUGCAUCACCACAAGCAGCCGUAUCACCACAGAGGAAGAGAAGGGCAGGAGGAGGCGGGCUCUAGGUCUCAGGUCAACCCCAUGUGGAACGGAGACCCUGCCAGCCAGUACGCAGGGAGAAGUCGUAACUACGCUGACGGGGCUGGAGCCAGCACGCAUGAGGGCAUGGGCUACAGUAGUAAAGGCAGCACGCUAUCACGGCGAGGCUGUAAGAAGACAUCAGAGACAUCAGGCAAAGGUGAUGAGAAUGGGCGUGUUAUGGAGGGCCAGGUACCGCUGGAGGAUCUGGAGAGAAACCAGAAGAUCCUGCAGUGGAUGAUGGAAGGAGACAGACAGAGGAAGACCUCACAUGGCGGCAGCACCAGUAGCUCGAGGAGGGGCGGACCCAGCAGCGAGUCACCACGCCCAACUUCAGUGGAGCGACCUGGGGUCGUGCACCCCUGGGUCUCCGCACAGCUGCGUAACAACCCCUCUUCAGUGUCCCCCGCCAUCCCCGGCUCCUCGUCCACCCAGGUCCAGCCCUCGCACCCUUUCAUCCAGGACCCAGCUAUGCCCCCCAACCCGGCUCCCAACCCCCUCACCCAGCUGGAGGAGGCUAGGAGGAGACUGGAGGAGGAGAGGAGGAGGAACGCACUACAGCAGGCCAAGCAGAGGCAUAAGUCUGGUAAGCGGCAAGUGUGUGAGAACAUGACAGUCGCUUACUACUUUUGUGGAGAGCCAAUCCCAUACCGAACAUCAGUCAAAGGCCGUGUGGUGACUUUGGGCCAGUUCAAGGAGCUGCUUACCAAAAAGGGCCAUUACAGGUUCUACUUUAAGAAAGUGAGCGACGAGUUUGACUGCGGUGUUGUGUUCGAGGAGGUUCGUGACGAUGACGCCAUCUUGCCUAUCUUCGAGGAGAAGAUCAUCGGGAAGGUGGAGAAGGUUGACUGAAAUUUGGGAACGGGAAGAUGACACAGAAUUGGGGGACAAAAAAGAUCAUUUGAUAAAAAGGAGAUGAGAAGAGAACAUUGGGGUUGGAUAGAAAUUCAGCUGUUGGAAAACGGAACGAAAGAAAGUAGAAAGAUGGAAGGAGCAAUGUGUGACGGAGGGGAGAUUGCCCUGCAUGGUAGAAGCUCGAGUAUUAAGGAGGUGGUUAUUUUUAUGGACAAUCUGGAUGCCGGCGUUGUGCCUGGAUCAAACCCACAUAAAGCGAAGAAGCUUGGCCAGAUGGGAGUGGAGGAAAGGAACAUAAAUUAUUUCACCUGUCUUGUCUCCACUGUGGAUAUUCGAGGGGCGCUGUUAAAAAGAAAUCUGAUGUCUGACCAGUCUUCCACUUCCACCGCGAUGAAUGGAAAAGGGUGAGGGGGACUGCUGGAAGGAGAGAGGAUAAAGUAGUCUUCCACUUCUGCUCUGGAGGCGUCUGUCCUCCGCAGACCAUUUCGAUGCUGCUACAUUACCACGGAAACUCUUCAAUCGGUGCUCGGGACAGCAAAGGAAGCAGUUUUGUUCCAUUCGGGAGUCUCGCUGCCUUCCACUGUCUCUGCUCCUCAUCAGCUGGUGACAAGGGGAGAGGACAGAGGAUUUUGGGGAGUGGAACUCUUGCCUGCUUCUCCUCUCGUUGACUUCAUAGUCUCGAAACAGAAACUUUCUCACCCUUGAUUCCUAGAUGUCAUGUAGUGAUCUCUCACAUCAACACAACAGUUCUCUACAUAACUUGUUUACCAAAGCUACAUAUUUUUGAUAUGACAAGUAUCCUAGCUACUUGUUUCAUUUUAUUUGAAUUGUGUAUGUACAAGGCAGGUACUAUUACUUAUUAAUGCAGCCUAAUUUCGUUAUAUCUCAACUUAAUGUUGUAUUAUUGUGUAUGUUUUGAAGCUAGUUCAUUAGUCAUUUCAGGGCAGUCAUUGUGUUUGUUUUUCCUCCCUCUGCAACACAUCCCUGCACCUCACUUCUGUACUGUUUACCUGUGAGUGUGUAGUUCUGUUUUCCUGCGCGAUGGAUUUUAAUCAUAGGCUUCUUCUUUUUUUCACACUAAAAAAUUCUCAUGAAAAAAGAGCAGCGCACACUAAAGUUGUGCCAUCUUUGACCACAGUCUCUGUUGUUUUUAACAGGUCACACUGUCACCUCAUAUACGUCAUAUUUUUCUGCUACACUGUACGUAACUCAGUCUAGGUGCCUGCCUUCUGGCCAGUGCCAUUACUAUCUAGAAUGCUUAUUCUGAAGCGUGUUGGUGAGUGUGAAAGCCUGUGUCAUGUUCGCCUGAACUCAGCCAAAGAGCAUAAUAUCGUGCGUCCCUUAUGCCUACAUGCGUGUGUCUGUGCAGUCCAAGUCCACGAGCAUCAAAUGUAUUUGUUCAUCAUGAGCAGAAGGGAAUCUUCUUCCUCGGAAAGAUUUCCAAACUACAGACAUUGUAGUUUAACACAGAGUUUGAAAUCUGCAGCCUAUUUUAGAAUUGUUUGACAUUUGGGGAAUUAUUUCCUUUUUUGCAGAGAGUUGGGUGAGAUAACUCUCGACUGUACGGCCAGUAAUUGGUUAGCUUAGCAUAAAGACGGGAAACGGCGAGCUUGGCCUUUGUACAAAUUAAACAAACUAGAGCAGCAACUACGUGUUAUUUUUAUUAUCGAAUAAUCUACAAAUUAAUUUCUUGAUGUAUAUAAAAUGUCUUCCCAUCACAAAUUUCUAAAAAUAUACCCGUAGUUAAAACAAAGCAGCAAAUCUUCUUGAUUUAGAAACUGGAAAAUGUUUGGAGUUUCAGCUCAGAAAACAUAUUUCAGUCAAUUACCAAAAUUGUUACUAGUUUCUUUUCUGUUUAUAAUUGAAUGAGUUCUUCAGCUGUAAAACAAACUAGUUGAGCCUUUUAAAGGUUCUCGCAGGUGGGUUUGUUCCCUUUGGACAAAACCAGGCUAGCCGUUUCCCUCUGUUUCUAGUCUUUAUGCUAAGCUAAGCUAACUGGCUGUAGCUUCAUAUUUAAUGCACAAACACGAGAAGUGUAUCAGUCCAACGCUCACAAGAAAUAAGCGUAUUCUCUCAAAUGUCUCAAACUAUUCCUUCAAACACCUCCCAUCAGUUCAGUAGAAUAUCAUAAAGCACCGUGCAGACAGUGCACUGAUCACACACCAGCUAUGUAAGCUGAAUGUAAUCUGACUUUUAAAACCUUUUACCUGCUAUGUCCUCAAAGGAAGUCCCUUCAUUGGUCCCGUCAUCGUGUCGGUCUUCAGUGUAGAUCUCAAACUGCUGGCCUGACUGAGUGUUUUGUGUUAUCUAUGCUGGUAGUUAAUUGAAUGUGUUCAUCAAACGAAAAGGUCCUACCGUACGUCUCGCAGGAAUGUCAAAUACAAUUUGUCCUGGGUUUCUGCCCAGUAAGGGAAACAUGGGAUCGGAAAACAUAUUUGUCCUCACUUCAACCCAUUAUGCCUUCAAUAUGAAAUUUAAAAUUUAGAUAUGUAUUUGUUUAUAAAAAAAAAAUGUAAUUUUAAUAAUCACCAAGCAUGUUCUUUAUAAGGAAUGUUUUCCUGAUGAGUUGAAUUAUCUAUUUUGUUUUAAUGUUUAUGUGCAAACUGCUACGGCCCUCUGAUAUAUUUUAUCUGUUUUGUUAGAAAGAACGCCCAGGGACAGUUGAAUGACAACAUUUGUUAAGAGUUGUUUCUUGUGAUUACGAUUCGAUGGACAAAACUAACAACUGCGUCUGUUGUGUUGUCAAUUUGUGUGAAACACAGUGCCUUUAUCAUGUUAUCUUUCGAAAUAUCUUUAUUGAACCAAUCCAUGCUUUUUAAUGUUACGUUUUUAUUUUCAGUCAGUCCCGUUGUAUUUUUAGCUGCAAUCAUGCUUGCUCACUUCUGUUCUGAUAGAUCCUCUGCUGUAAAUAUGUACAUUAUCAUUUCAUAUGUGUCUUCAGACCCGCACCACAUGUCCAUGGUGUUUCUGUUUUUCAAAAGUAAACGCCAAGAUGUCACUGUGCUGGUUCCACUUGUACAUUUCUUUUAAAAAGGUACUUCAUAAUAAAGAUGUUGAAUAAACCUUUCCUCUCCU